AUGGAAGGCAAACCCUUUGCAACCCCUAAGAGUCCACAUUUGCCACCUGAGUGUGUAAGUGAAGAACCACCAUUUACGAACACGGGAAUUGACUUUGCCGGUCCACUGUACGUGAAAUUACAGAGUCAAUCCGGUAGCAAGGAUUCAGAAAAGGUUUAUAUUGCUCUUUUCACUUGUGCAUCAACGAGAGCAGUUCAUUUAGAACUUGUCAAGAAUCUGUCGGUCCCAACCUUCUUUCAAGCAUUCAGAAGAUUUACAAGUCGGAGAGGUUUACCAAGUACGAUAUUUACAGAUAACGCCAAGACCUUUAAAGCAGCUUCAUGAGAAAUAACGAGUAUAUACACAUUGAAGGAAACCGAAAAAUAUUUCGUCAACAGAGGUGUUGUGUGGAAGUAUAUAAUCGAAAAGGCUCCUUGGCAUGGCGGCUUUUACGAGAGAACGGUACGUAGCGUAAAACGUUGUUUGAAAAAGUCAAUUGGAACUGGUUCUGUAACAUUUGGAGAGCUCAGAACAUUACUCGUUGAAAUUGAAACUACCAUCAACAAUCGUCCAUUGACAUUCAUCUAUGAUGACGAGGAAGGAGUAUCGUAUGCUCUCACACCGUCACAUCUCAUUUAUGGACGUCAAAUUUCGUCUCAUUUGAAUCACUGACAUUACGAAGUAGUCAGCACAGUCAAAACUCUAAUGAAAAGAGUGAAGCACCAGCAGCGAAUGCUUGAACAGUUCACUAAACAGUGGAGAAAGGAAUAUUUACUCAGUCAGCGAAAUUAUCCGCGAAACCGUCAAAGGAAACGAUUAAGAUUGCUGAUAUUGUUAUACUCAGAAAUGACAGUACCAAACAUGUAUAUUGGAAGUUCGGAAAGGUGGAAGAACUCAUUCCAAGCAAGGAUAGAGUUAUCCGAGCGGCAAGAGUAAAGGUUCAAGGAGAUGGUGGAAAGCAAGUAAUUCUACGGAGACUGAUACAGCAUCUCAUCCCACUUGAAGUCAGAGAGCAGUUACCAGAAUCCGAAUGCAAUCAACCACCAGUUAACAGCGUUGAAGAAGAAGAAACUGAAGGUGCAAGACCAAGACGAAAAGCAGUGAUAGCUGCGGACCGUUUUAGAGCUGAGUUAUACAAAUGA